ACUUCCGGGUUGUACCGAACAUCGGGUUAUUUUUUUGUGUCUUUCUAGUCGAGUAACAAAGUCUACAUCAUAACAGGUCUACGAGGGCCUCAUCAGCACCAGUAAAAUCAAAGAGUGAUUUAAAGACUGAUAUUGCCCUUUCAUAAAAUCGCAUACAUUUAUGGACGAGGCUUCAUUCCCAGUAGCCGGUGUUGUGAUUGCUGUCGUGUCCAGUUUUAUCAAUGGAUCCACGUUUGUACUACAGAAGAAGGGGAUACUGCGAGCCCGCAAGUCAGGUGGGUCUUACCUGGCUGACUGUGUGUGGUGGUGUGGUACACUUGCAAUGAUCGUCGGACAAAUAGGAAAUUUUCUUGCAUACAAUGUUGCCCCCGCAGUUGUGGUCACUCCCCUUGGAGCCCUUGGUGUCCUAUUUGGGGCCGUUCUGGCAUCCUGGCUUCUUCAGGAACAUCUCGAUCUCAUAGGGAAACUUGGCUGCACUUUGUGCUGUUGUGGUUCAGUUGUACUCAUCAUUCACUCGCCCAAGAGUGAGAAUGUCACAUCAAGAGCCGAACUGGAGGAGAGACUAAUGGACCCAGUGUUCCUGGUCUACAUCUCAGUGGUGGUCCUAUUACUGAUCAUACUGAUCGGGCGGUUUUCUCCAGCUCACGGAAAAUCCAACAUUAUGGUGUACGUGGGCAUUUGUUCUCUCCUCGGGAGCUUCACUGUGCCCAGCAGCAAAGGUCUGGGACUGGCUGCUCAGGAGGCCUUCAGUGGAACAUCUACAAGUGAUAGCAGAGCACUUUACCUCUUCCUGGGGUUGCUGGGAAUUCUUUUAGUCAGCAUUAUGAUCCAGUUCACCUUUAUCAACAAAGCCUUGGAGUGCUUCAGCUCUAACAUGUUUGAGGCCAUUUACUAUGUGACGUUCACCUCUUGUGUCAUUCUGGCUUCUGCUAUUCUCUUCAGGGAAUGGACAGCACUUGGCAUUGUGGACUGUUUUGGUAUCCUGUGUGGUUUCAUCACCGUAUCUGUGGGUGUUGCCUUAUUGCGCAUCUCUCAAGAAGCUACAUUUUCUUGGAGCCAAACCCGAGCUAAAAAGGACUAACUCAUGAGUAUUUUUUUCUACAAUAACUGACAGUUUCACAAACAUUGAUUGGAUAUUAUGUAUUAAUAUUAAUUAACCAUUGCAGAGCCAAAUAAGAGGUCCUUUAAC